UGGAGGCUUCCGGUUGGUUCGUUUGGUGCACCGGAACACACCGCCGGGUGCAUGGCAGCAUGGCAGCAUGGGGUCUCUUCAUACAUCCAUGAUGUGUGGUUGUGUGUAUAGUGUGUGAGGCUGAAGGUAGCUGAAAUGCUGAAAUGUUCAAACUGCAGCUGUCAAGACAACUGCACUGGAUGAAAAAAGGCCUACCAGAACAUGGAAGUAUUCAGCCUCCUGUGAUGCCAACCCCUCCAUGGCUGCACGGCAUGUCUGUCUAGUCGGUCUAAUCUAAAGCAAACCCGGGAUAUUAUGGAGCCGACGGUGUGUUGACGGAGAUGCAUGAACAAGACAGGAUGAAGUAUGAUCGGUGAUAAUAACCUCGCAGAGAGAGAUCUGAGUCAACAUAAUCCAUCUGGACAUCACCGUGGAGGAAGAUGAGGAAGAUGAGGACCAUGAUGGCUCCGAUGAAGACACCAUUAUUGCUGUUUCUAGUGUGGGUGCUCCAGUAUGCUGUGUGUCGCGACGUAUCUCUUCCUCCCGGGCCCCUCUACCGCGUCGCAGGGUUCCCCCUCUCCCUGCCCUGUGCCGUGUCGGGGUACGAAGGCGCACGCUCGCAGGACUUUGAGUGGUUCCUGUACAGGGACGAUUCCGGCGGGAGGCAGAUGGGAGUGGUGUCCACCAGGGACAAGGGUUUCCCUUACGCCCCGUUCCAGGCCCGGGUGAGGAACGGGGAGGUGAGGGUGGAGAGGGACUCGGGGGACAAAUGCCGGCUGGUGAUCCAGAGGCUCCGAGCUGAGGACCAGGGGAAGUACGAGUGCUACACACCCAGCACGGACACAACCUACCAGGGCAACUACAGCGCCACAGUGCCUGUCAAAGUGAUCCCUGACACUCUCCAGAUCAGCUACACCCGCUCACUAACCGGCCAGCCCGUGCCAGAGGGGGCCGAAUUAACGCUGACAUGCUCAGCCGGCAUCCAGUCGGAGCAGCUCACCCAUCUGUCCAUCACGUUCGGGAAGCGUAGCGGCGGAGAGGGUUCGGCGAGCGGAGCGGGAGGGGAGGUCAGUACCGUCAGGGAGAUUAUCUCCGUCGACAAGCUGCUUGGGGUCGUCCCUGGACAUUUGUACAAGAAGCGGUACAACGGCGGAGAGAUCACGCUGGAGAAGAGGAACGGGGAGGGCGAACUGGGCGUGUACGUGAUGAAGAUGAGAGCGGUGCAACCGGACGACACCGGCUCGUACUUCUGUGAGGCCUCCCAGUGGAUUCGGGAUCCCGAUCGAACGUGGCAGAGGAUCGCACAGAGGAUGCUGGACAUCGGCAACUUGACCGUUCAGCAACUAGCGGAGUCUCUGAGUAUAACGUCCUCGCCCAGGGGGGAGGUAACCCUACAGGUGGGAUCCCCUCUCAUCCUGACCUGUGAGGUGUUGGGGCUGCCGGCUGACGUGAACUCAGGCCUGUUGGUUCAGUGGAUGAAGAGAGGAUCAGUGGGGGGAGUCGAGGUGGAGGUGGCGCGGAUGAGCCCAGGCGGUGUUGUGAGCUGGGGGGACGACCUCAGCCGAGCUAGUGGGGGCUCCAUGGAGAAAGUGGCGGAGGGGAGGUACUCCCUGAAGCUGUUCUCGGCCCGGCCCUUAGACUCGGGGGUGUAUCGCUGUGUGGUGACCGUGUACGCCGGAAGACAAAACCCUGGCCCGUCUACUCCUGCAACACUCACCCAGAGGUCUGAGGGAGUCACCGUCAACCUCAAGAGCAAAGAUGUGCGAGUUGCAGCUGUGGCUCAGCUCCCUCGAGGCCCCCUUUUAAAAAGAGGCAUGACCAUCACCCUGAUUUGCAACGCCACCGUGACGACCACAGGUCCCGCCCAGGCGCAGGUGCAGUGGCUGCGGUGGCCAAUCCCUGAACGAGUUAUCAGGAGAAAUCAGAACCCAGCGUCUGAUGCUACCCCAACAGACCCCCCCGUGGAGGAAAAACCCAGACUGGUAGCCGCCCUCAUGUACGACGGUGUUGCAGAGAUCUACGCCAAUGGUAGCGACGUCAGCGUCGACCGCCUGUCGGCCGGCAGCUACAGACUGAGGGUCCACGCAGCAUCGAUGGAGGAUCAAGGCAUGUAUGCGUGUCAUGCCCAGGCGUGGGGUCAGGACCCGCAUGGAGGCUGGUACAACACGGGGGCCAAAGCAGAGUCAAACGCAGUGACUGUUUACCUGUACGCCAGAGCUGCUGACCUCCUCCUCAUCCCGUUGGUUGUCGGAGUCUCCUCUGCCUUGUUCGUGGGCAUCGUCAUCAUCGCAACCGUGACCUGUUGCUUCAUGAAGCGACUGGCGAAGCAGCGCGCUCCAAAAUAGGUGUCCGCCGUCUCCGCCUGUCUGAAAUCUGAAUGUUCACAAAGAGGCACAAAAGAGGUGACGCACAUGAACAUAACGGACGAAAUGGCCGAGAAAUAACUUUCUAGACGAAAAUGAAGUGAAAAAUGACUGAUGUCACCCUGUUAGAUGAUUUUUUUGUGUUUUGACCUACCUGUUUAACAAUCAAUGCCAAAAGAUUCUGUUUUAUAUUCUCUUGUAUUUUUAUAUCCAAAACCUUCUCUGAGCAUAUUUUAAUGACGCACCAGUAGGCGUAAUAAUCUAGAUAUUUGAAGCCACCAUCCAAUAACCCCUAAUGGGCAAAGAUUUACACAUUUUUUGGAGAUUCCAUGUUAGCUUAACAUUUUUAAUGAUCCCUUUGUCUAAGCUUAUCGUUCUGUUUCAAAUGGAAAAGGGUGAAAAUACACGCAAUAUUUUUAGGUCAAAAGUAAAGAAGGUACUUCAUGUUUAUUUUUGAGUCUCUCAGAUGUGAGGAAUCUCGUAAAAGUGUCAUUUCUACAGAAAAGCCAAGCAAACUGCCCUCUCAUUCAGUCAUAGUUUGAUUGUUACAGUGUAAAGGUAUCCGUUUGUACGAUGCUGGUUAUAUAGGUCAUCCUACAUCGAGUAAUGCUUCUAUUUUCACACAAAGAAUAUUCUAUGUUUUCACAAAUCGUCGAUACUGUUCCAGUUGUUGCUUCCCCUCAAACUGCAUGUUUCUCCUUUUAUUCCAAAAAAUGUCUGACUGUCUGUGUAUGGUUAAGCCUCUAGCACUGCCACUGACAGUCACAUGAAUGCUGAUGGGAGCAGAAACUUAAUAAGAGCAGGGACCUUCCACCGCCUGCAGCCCAGCACCACCACUCUGCAUGUAAACAAAGUCUCUGUCUGUUACUUAAUAAGAAAAGCGCUGGCUGGGGGCUUUCUGAUGCCAAGACCAACUGAGUAUCAAUCCUAAACACAAGCAUUCCCCCGCCUGUGACGCUUCACGCUGAAGCGACUUUUCUAUACGGACUUGUAUAGAGUUGACAAAAGAGAAAUGGAAGAGAUAUCUAUAAUGCACUGAGCUCAAUUGUGUAAAUAUUGUACGGAGUUAAGCUGUUUUAUUUUUCUUAAUGUGAGUAAGACUGUAUGCUGUCUUUGGCGAAGCACCUGUGUUUAACAUUCUGCUGCAGUCUGCUCUUGUAAAGCACUUGGAAAACGAAUGGGACUGGGACCGGGACCAAAGCCUGAUUUUCUUCCAGCUGAAAAAGUCACUGCUUUGCUGUACCUGAGUGAAUACUUUUGUUUCUUUCUUUUGUGUGAUUAAUGGCGCCUUUUGCUCUUGUGACUGCGACAAAAAAAAAACGAAAAAGAAUCCACCGUUUGUUCCACCGAGUAUCAGAAAAGCUCUUAUUGUUUCACACUGUUUAGGUUACUCGUCCCCGAGGUGAAAAUCUCCUCAGCAGCGCAGUCAUAUGACCUGAUAGUCUCACCAUCAUAGUCAUCAUGUGGUUUAGGCCACACAGUUCUGCAGCCAAGGCUUCUUAUGACUAUAGCCCCCGCUGCUAGCCCACAGAAAUCUGUUGGACAGAUUUACCGUGUCUGCACACUUAUGAUGAGUGAAAUCCAUCCUCCUCUUCCUGUCCAAAGUAACACUUAAGAGAAGUUUGGUCGUGCGAGCGCGCCCGCAUUGUGUGAUCACUUAAAGUUAAGAGACAUGUUCGUGGAAAGGAGGAAGAAAGUCAAAUUUGUUGUGGCUCUCUCGUGAAAUUAUUUCAGUUUUUCCUGCUUUUCUAAAUUUGUUUGCACUGAGCUAUACUUUACUGUCUCAGUCCGUCUGUCUGGGUUUCCGAUGUUAAAAAUCUGCCUGUCCUCCCGAACCAGUGGGCUCUAAACCCCCCCCCCCACCCCCCCCCCCCGAUUAUAAAUGUCGUUCACGAACAUUAGGGAAUAAAAAUCACAGCUCUGCUUGCUUCCUGAGCCACUUUGUUCCAGAUCAACUACUCAAAGCUGAUUUGUUCCCCCACAUACCCACCCACCACAUGAUCACACACACACACACACAGACAGAUGCACGUGCACACACAGCACAGCAGCAGCAGCAGCAGCAGCAGCACUGUGCUGGCUGGCUGGUAUUUCAGAUGAGAGUAAGGGAGUAUCUGCGUGUUCAUCUCUAAUCCCUGUUUAUGGCUGCAGUUUGUGUCCUGCUGCCCUUCCCCCUCUCUCUCUCUCUCUCUCUGUGGCUCGCAUUUCGAUUCAUUUCGAUCUCUGUUCCUUGAGAAAUACAGUCAGCUGUACAAAGUGUAGCACAUAGCGUGCAAAGUGUGAAAGCUGCCGUCUAAGCUGUGCUUUUGUUUGAGGAUAUAUUAAACCCUUUCAUGAAGGUGUUA